AUUUGCCGGAAGCCUGCGUCGGGUUUUAAGGAAGGCCCCCAAUUCCGGGGUCGCCCUACGCGUUGCCUGAGCCUCCAGGCGGAGGGAAGGAGUCACUGGAGGGAGGGAGAUGACCGUCCACAAUCUGUACAUCUUCGACAGGAAUGGAGUCUGCCUCCAUUACAGCGAGUGGAACCGUAAGAAACAUGCCGGAAUUUCGAGGGACCAAGAAUACCAGCUGAUGUACGGAAUGCUGUUCUCCAUCCGGUCCUUUGUCAACAAGAUGUCUCCUGUCGAUUUUCGAGAUGGCUUCCUGUCCUUUCAGACGAGUAAAUACAAGCUGCAUUAUUACGAGACCGCGACAGGCAUCAAAGUCGUCAUGAACACUGACCUCGGGGUCGGGAACAUCCGAGACGUUCUCAGUCAGAUCUACAGCACGAUCUUUGUUGAGUUUGUGGUGAAGAACCCCCUGUGCAGCAUGAACGAGCCCAUUCAGAGCGAACUGUUCCGUACCAAACUGGACAGUUUUGUCCGUGGUCUGCCCUUUUUCUCCGCACGGGCAGGCUGAUCGCUGGCUGAUUUGUGCUCCAAGUUGUUUGAUGCUGUGCAAAUGAUCAUGAGAAACUGCAUUGCUUCAACGUCCAAGUUCCUGUGUGGAAUUGGUGAGAUGGUUCUUACCCACCACCACCACCAUCCCCCCCCCCCACCCCGUGCUGAAUUUUUAACCCCCUUUUCAAUUCGGAGCUGCUCGCUUCUCUCCAUUCCACUCCUUGCCCACCUUGUGUUCUCCGCCUCAAGGCCAUACUCCAGUCACUGUGACUACAGACUAACAAUGGGUCGGUGCACAGAAACAAUUUGUGGUUCUAUUUCAAUUAGGGAACUCUCUUUUUCAGAAGCCUCCUCCUGUUUAAUUUAUAAAAUAAAGCUGGCCUAAGGGCCAGGGCAUCUGUCCAAA